AUGGGUGGUGAUGAUCAGAAAAAGGUUUCCAUAGUUAAAAAGAAGAAAAUGAAAAAUGUUUCUUUUAGGUCAAUUUUCAUGCAUGCUGAUAUUCUAGAUUGGUUCUUCAUGGUUUUUGGUUUUUUUGGUUCAAUUUGUGAUGGCAUAAUGAUACCUUUGGUGUUGUAUAUCACAAGCAAAAUUAUGAACACUGUUGGUGGUUUUUCUGGCUCAACAAGCAACAACUUUGUUCAUAGCAUCAAUGAGAAUGCAGUUGCUGUGUUAUACGUGGCUUGUGCCUCUUUUGUUGCUUGCUUCCUAGAGGGUUAUUGUUGGACAAGAACAGGUGAAAGACAAGCUGCAAGAAUGAGAGCUAGGUACAUAAAAGCAGUUCUAAGACAAGAAGUAGCAUACUUUGAUUUGCAUGUUACAAGUACAUCAGAAGUCAUCACUAGUGUCUCUACAGACAGUCUAGUGAUUCAAGAUGUUCUAAGUGACAAGGUUCCUGAUUUUUUGAAGAAUGUGUCUCAGUUCAUUGGGAGCUAUAUAGUGGCAUUUAUAUCAUCAUGGAGAUUGACCCUUGUUGGGUUCCCUUUUAUAAUUCUACUUGUGGUUCCUGGUUUCAUGUAUAAGAGGACUUUGAUGGGGUUGGCUAGAAAAAUCAGACAAGAAUAUAAUCAAGCUGGUACAAUAGUAGAACAAACAAUAUCUUCCAUCAGAACUGUUUAUUCUUUUGUAGGAGAAACCAAAACCAUAGCUGCUUUCUCUGAUGCUUUAGAAGGAUCUGUGAAAUUGGGAUUGAAACAAGGUUUAGCUAAAGGCUUAGCCAUUGGAAUCAGUGGUGUUAAUUAUGCUGUAUGGUCAUUAAUUGCCUAUUAUGGCAGCAUAUUGGUCAUGUAUCAUGGUGCUAAAGGUGGUGAUGUAUUUGCAGUUGGAACAUUAAUGGGAAUCGGUGGAACGGCUUUAGGAUCUAGUUUAGCAAAUGUGAGAUAUUUCACAGAAGCAAGUGCUGCAGGAGAAAGAAUAAUGGAGGUGAUAAAAAGAGUUCCAAAGAUUGAUUCAGAAAACAUGGAAGGUGAAAUUCUAGAGAAAGUGUCGGGGGAAGUUGAACUCAACCAUGUUAAAUUUGUGUAUCCGUCAAGGCCAGACAGUGUGAUCUUAAAUGAUUUUUGUCUAAAGGUUCCAUCAGGUAAAACAGUGGCAUUAGUAGGAGGAAGUGGUUCAGGAAAAUCGACUGUAAUAUCGCUUUUGCAAAGGUUUUAUGAUCCAACUGGUGGAGAGAUUCUUUUUGAUGGAGUUGCUAUUCAUAAGUUGCAACUCAAAUGGCUUAGAUCUCAAAUGGGAUUGGUGAGUCAAGAACCUGCUUUGUUUGCAACAAGUAUUAAAGAGAAUAUACUUUUUGGAAGAGAGAAUGCUACAUAUGAAGAUGUUGUUGAUGCUGCUAAAGCUUCUAAUGCUCAUAAUUUCAUUUCAAUGUUUCCACAAGGAUAUGAUACUCAGGUUGGGGAGAGGGGAAUACAAAUGUCAGGAGGACAAAAGCAAAGGAUUGCCAUUGCAAGAGCUAUAAUAAAAAAGCCAAGAAUUCUAUUGCUAGACGAAGCAACAAGUGCACUCGAUUCUGAAUCCGAACGAGUCGUCCAACAAGCUCUAGACAAAGCUGUGGUUGGACGCACCACCAUCAUCAUCGCUCACCGCUUAUCCACCAUCCAAAAUGCAGACAUCAUUGCAUUUGUCCAAAAUGGUAAGAUCGUGGAAUCGGGAUCUCACGAGAGCCUCAUUCAAAAUGACAGUUCUCUUUAUACUUCCCUCGUACGUCUCCAACAAACCAAAAAUGACCAAAACGACGAUACUCCAUCUACCAUUAAUAUAGAUCACAUGCAUAACCCGAGUAGUUAUAGACUCGCGACUCGUUCUAGCUCUUUCGACUCAAUGACACGUGGUCGUGGUGGUGAUAUUGUUAAUGAUAAAAAUGUUGUUGGAGAUAUCGUUAAUAAUGUCGUGGUAUUUGACAAUAAUAACAAUAAUAAUAAAAAUAAUAAUAAUGAGGACGAGGAGAAGAGGAAGAAGAAGGAGAAGGUAAAGGUUCCUUCGUUUCGAAGGUUGUUGGCAAUGAAUCUUCCAGAGUGGAAGCAAGUGUGUUUGGGGUGUUUGAACGCAAUUUUAUUCAGCGCGGUUCAACCCGUGUAUGCAUUUGCAUCAGGAUCAGUUGCAUCAGUUUAUUUUCUGGAGGACCAUGAUGAGAUCAAGAAACAAAUUAGGAUCUAUGCAUUUUGUUUUCUAGGGUUGGCUUUGUCCACAAUGGUUUUCAAUGUGCUUCAACAUUAUAGCUUUGCUUACAUGGGAGAGUACUUGACUAAGAGGGUUAGAGAAAGAGUGUUUUCCAAGAUACUCACUUUUGAAGUUGGUUGGUUUGAUGAGGAUCAAAAUUCUACAGGUGCUGUUUGCUCUAGACUUGCCAAAGAAGCCAAUGUGGUAAGAUCAUUGGUGGGGGAUAGAUUGUCAGUAAUAAUACAAACUAUAUCGGCAGUGGCAGUAACAUUCACAAUGGGCCUAAUCAUUACUUGGAGACUAUCCAUUGUUAUGAUAGCAGUUCAGCCAAUUACCAUAAUUUGUUUCUACAUAAGGCGUGUCCUUCUUAAUAACAUGUCAAGCAAAGCCAUUAAGGCCCAAGAUGAAAGUAGCAAAAUUGCUGUUGAAGCUGUUUCAAAUCUAAGAACCAUCACAUCUUUUUCAUCACAAAAUAGAAUCCUUAAAAUGCUUGAAAAAUCCCAACAAGGCCCAAGUCAUGAAAAUAUUAGACAAUCGUGGUUUGCAGGUAUUGGGCUUGCAUGUUCACAAAGCCUAAUUUUUUGCACUAGAGCCUUAAACUUUUGGUAUGGAGGAAAACUUGUGUCGCAAGGAUAUAUAACAAAGAAUGCAUUUUUUGAGACUACUAUGAUUUGGAUAAGCACUGGAAGAGUUAUUGCUGAUGCUGCUAGUAGCAUGACUAAUGAUUUUGCUAAAGGUUCCAGUGCCGUUGGAUCGGUUUUCGCUGUCCUCGAUAGGUAUACAAAAAUUGAGCCAAAUGAUUUAGAAGGUUACAAGGUUGAAAAAUUAAUAGGGAAAAUUGAACUUCAUGAUGUGCAUUUUGCAUAUCCAACUAGACCUAAUGUGAUUAUCUUUCAAGGGUUCUCUAUUAAAAUUGACGCUGGAAAAUCAACAGCUUUGGUCGGGGAAAGUGGUUCAGGAAAAUCAACAAUCAUAGGACUAAUUGAGAGAUUCUAUGAUCCUUUUAAAGGGACGGUGACAAUAGAUGGUAGAGACAUAAAGUCUUAUAAUCUAAGAUCAUUAAGGAAACACAUUGCACUUGUGAGUCAAGAACCAACAUUGUUUGGUGUUACCAUAAGGGACAAUAUAGCAUAUGGAGCAUAUGAUGAUAAAGUUGAUGAGAGUGAGAUCAUUGAGGCUGCAAAGGCUGCAAAUGCUCAUGAUUUCAUAUCAAGCUUAAAAGAUGGUUAUGAGACAUGGUGUGGUGAUAAAGGAGUUCAACUAAGUGGUGGUCAAAAACAAAGAAUUGCAAUAGCUAGAGCUAUAAUGAAGAAUCCAGAGGUGUUGCUUUUGGAUGAAGCAACAAGUGCACUUGAUAGCCAGUCAGAGAAAUUAGUGCAAGAUGCUUUAGAAAGGGUUAUGGUUCGAAGGACAAGUGUGGUUGUGGCUCAUAGGUUGAGUACUGUACAAAACUGUGAUUUGAUUGCUGUUUUGGAUAAGGGAAGUGUUGUUGAGAAAGGAACACAUUCAUCUUUGUUGGCUAAGGGACCAAGUGGAGCUUAUUAUUCUUUGGUGAGUUUACAAAGUAGACCAACCGACACAGUUGUUGAUUUUCCAUGA